GGCCUGGCCACCUCCGCAGCAGCCCCGGACGCUGCCUGCUCCUGCCAUGGUGCCUCGGCCCGGCCGGGCGCAUGGAGCAGGAUCCCAAGCCGCCCCGUCUGCGGCUCUGGGCCCUGCUCCCCUGGCUGCCCAGGAAGCAGCGGCCCAGGAUCAGCCAGACCUCCCUGCCUGCCCCUGGCCCUGGCCCUGGCCCUGGCCCCAGGCAGGACUCGCCUUGUCCUUCUACCAGAGAGAGCCCAUCUUCCAUCUUGGCCAGAAACAAAAGCCCAGCUGUGCCUUCCCAGUACGCGAGCAAACUCGACUUCCUAUUGUGGCAAAACCAAAACCUUUGUAGCUGCGGGAGGGGAGCCUCCAGAGAGGACUUGGGGCAGGAUGAGGGCGUUCUCAAGGAGAUCUCCAUCACACACCAUGUCAAGGCUGGCUCGGAGAAGGCCGACCCAUCCCAUUUUGAGCUCCUCAAGGUCCUGGGCCAGGGAUCCUUUGGCAAAGUCUUCCUGGUACGAAAGGUCACCCGACCUGACAGUGGACACUUGUACGCCAUGAAGGUACUAAAGAAGGCGACACUGAAAGUGCGUGACCGCGUUCGGACCAAAAUGGAGAGAGACAUCCUGGCUGACGUAAACCACCCGUUUGUGGUGAAGCUGCACUACGCCUUCCAGACCGAGGGCAAGCUCUACCUUAUCCUGGACUUCCUGCGCGGCGGGGACCUCUUCACCCGGCUCUCUAAAGAGGUUAUGUUCACGGAGGAGGAUGUGAAGUUUUACCUGGCCGAGCUGGCUUUGGGCCUGGAUCACCUGCACAGUCUAGGCAUCAUUUACAGAGACCUGAAGCCUGAGAACAUCCUUCUGGAUGAGGAAGGCCACAUCAAACUCACUGACUUCGGUUUGAGCAAGGAGGCCAUCGACCAUGAGAAGAAAGCCUAUUCCUUCUGCGGGACAGUGGAGUACAUGGCCCCUGAGGUCGUCAACCGCCAGGGCCAUACCCACAGUGCAGACUGGUGGUCCUAUGGGGUGUUGAUGUUUGAGAUGUUGACGGGCUCCCUGCCCUUCCAGGGGAAGGACCGGAAGGAGACUAUGACUCUGAUUCUGAAGGCAAAGCUGGGCAUGCCCCAGUUUCUAAGCACGGAAGCCCAGAGCCUCCUGCGGGCCCUGUUCAAGCGGAAUCCUGCCAACCGGCUCGGCUCCGGCCCUGAUGGGGCAGAGGAAAUCAAGCGGCAUGUCUUCUACUCCACCAUUGACUGGAAUAAGCUGUACCGGCGUGAGAUCAAGCCACCCUUCAAGCCGGCCGUGGCGCAACCCGAUGACACCUUCUACUUUGACACUGAGUUCACGUCCCGCACACCCAAGGACUCCCCAGGCAUCCCCCCCAGUGCUGGUGCCCAUCAGCUGUUCCGCGGCUUCAGUUUCGUGGCCACCGGCCUAAUGGAGGACGACGGCAAGCCUCGGGCCACACAGGCGCCCCUGCAUGCGGUGGUACAGCAAUUACAUGGGAAGAACCUGGUUUUUAGCGAUGGCUACGUGGUAAAAGAGACGAUUGGUGUGGGCUCCUAUUCUGAGUGCAAGCGCUGUGUCCACAAAGCCACCAACAUGGAGUAUGCUGUCAAGGUCAUCGACAAGAGCAAGCGAGACCCCUCGGAAGAGAUUGAAAUUCUUCUGCGGUACGGGCAGCACCCCAACAUCAUCACUCUGAAAGAUGUGUACGAUGACGGCAAGCAUGUGUACCUGGUGACAGAGCUGAUGCGGGGAGGGGAGCUGCUGGACAAGAUCCUGCGGCAGAAGUUCUUCUCGGAACGCGAGGCCAGCUUCGUCCUGCACACCAUCAGCAAGACCGUGGAGUACCUGCACUCCCAGGGGGUCGUGCACAGGGACCUCAAGCCCAGCAACAUCCUGUACGUGGAUGAGUCUGGGAACCCUGAGUGCCUGCGCAUCUGUGACUUUGGCUUUGCCAAGCAGCUGCGGGCUGAGAAUGGGCUCCUUAUGACACCUUGCUACACCGCCAACUUUGUGGCACCCGAGGUCCUGAAGCGCCAGGGCUAUGAUGAAGGCUGCGACAUUUGGAGCCUGGGCAUUCUGCUGUACACCAUGCUGGCGGGAUAUACUCCAUUUGCCAAUGGACCCAGUGACACACCAGAGGAAAUCCUGACGCGGAUCGGCAGUGGCAAGUUCACUCUCAGUGGGGGAAACUGGAACACAGUUUCAGACACAGCCAAGGACCUGGUGUCCAAGAUGCUGCACGUGGACCCCCACCAGCGCCUCACAGCCAAGCAGGUCCUGCAGCACCCGUGGAUCACCCAGAAAGACAAGCUUCCGCAGAGCCAGCUGUCACAUCAGGACCUGCAGCUUGUGAAGGGAGCCAUGGCAGCUACCUACUCAGCACUCAACAGCUCCAAGCCCACCCCUCAGCUGAAGCCCAUCGAGUCAUCUAUCCUGGCCCAGCGGCGGGUGAGGAAGCUGCCGUCCACCACCCUGUGAGGGGCCCGAGCAUCCAGGCUGCAGGGCGGUGCUAGCUGGAUGGAGGCAGCGUGCUUCCCAGAAGAAGCAGGCCUGAAUCCCAGGGCCAGAGGGAGCGGAGCCCUGAGGGGCCCAAGAAGCAGCCAGCCCAGAUCACCCCAGGGAGGGUGUGAGAAGUGCCUUCUCCUUCCCCAGGACGGACUCUUCUCGGCUCAGGCUCUGCUGGUUGAAAUCGAUUCACUGUAAAAACUCUUUAUCUAUUUUUAAGGACAAAAUGGCAUCAACCACCAUGGAUUUCUACAAGAUCCAUUUGCCUUUCUGAGAGCAGAAGUAGCCAGCAGAGCCCCAGGAGGGCGCUGAGUCACACAAGGGUGCUCUGUGGCUGAGACCCCUUAGAGCAGCUUUAGGAUUCCCCCAGGGGGACCCCCACGAUUGGCUGUCUAUAGCCAUCUGCACCCCUCUGAGGCAGUCCGGCGUCCCCUCCCAGAGCCUUUGGCUGUUUAGCAGAACUUGCUCUAUCCCGGUUGGCUCCUUUUCUGUUCUGUUGUGCUGCAGUGGGGAGGUCUGGAACCACUUUCUGCUAGAGGAGAGGACAAAGGCCCUGUGGCUCCCAGCUCCAGGCACCAGCAUCCACCCCUGGGUCCCCUGCAGUCAGGUCGAGCAGUCCCUGAAGGAGCAUCGAGAAAGCACUUUCUGGCUGACUUCUGUUGGAGUCUGCCACAGGACAGAGUUCACGAGAGGCCUGUGGGGCGGCCCAAGAGGGGCAGGAGCUUUUUUCAUUUCUUCCUCAGCUGGUAACUCAGGGUUCAUCUGUCCAUGGCCUUUCUAAUAAACUUACAGUUGAAUUGAA